AUGGCGUCUGCUACCUUCGUGUUGCUACUAUUCCUACUCCUCCUACUCCUAGUCCUCUCUUCACUUCAAUUUUCUGCUGCCGGUAGUAUUAAUCGUACACAAUCACCCAAAUACACUAAACCUGAUCAUCGAAUUGACUUAGGAUCCUCUCUCUCCCCUUCCUCUGCUAAUUCGUCAUGGCCAUCUCUUUAUGGUAGAUUUGCCUUUGGAUUUUAUCCACAAGGAAAUAGUGGGUUUGCCAUUGGAAUUUGGUAUGCCCAAAUACCUCAACAUUCAGUUGUCGUAUGGACUCCAAACCCAAACUAUCCACCUUUCUCCUCCAAUGCCACGUUGAACCUUACCAGUGCUGGAAGUUUCAUCCUAAAACGCACGCCACAAGACCCAGAAGAACAUUUUGUAUACGAUGGGUUUUAUAUCUCUUGGGCUUACAUGUCUGAUUCUGGCAAUUUCGCUCUAUUUGAUUCAGGACAUAACAAUUUAUGGCAAAGUUUUGAUUUCCCUACCAACAACCUUUUGCCAGGUCAAAGUCUUCUCCCAGGGCAAGCGAUGCACUCUAGUGUAUCAGAAACCAACCACUCCGAUGGAAGAUUUGUGCUCGUUAUGGAGCAAGAAGGCAAUCUUGUUCAAUAUCCCUCUGGAAAGUUGACGAAGAAAUUUGCAUAUUGGGAAUCAGCUACCAAUAUGUAUACUCUUGGAGAUUACGUGACAUUAAAUCUUGAUGAGGAAGGAUCCCUCUAUUUGUCUAAUAGUUCCGGACACACUGUGAAGAAUCUAGCCACCGGUGGAACUCCCAUCAACGACACAGUUUUUUACCGCAUGACGCUCGACGUUGAUGGGAUCUUCAGACUCUAUUCCAUUGGUUUGGACGAUCAGAAGAAGAGUAAAUCAUGGUCGAUCAUGUGGGAAUCAUCAACUGAUAAGUGUAUUCCCAAAGGCAUUUGUGGCAUGAACGCGUAUUGUACGUAUAAUCCUAUGGAGGAUAAGGAGGCAGUAUGUAACUGUAUUCCUGGUUUCGACUUCAUUGAUAAGACUCAACAGGGUUCGGAUUGCCGCCUGCAGAGUGAUCAUCAUCAGGAUUGCAGUGGAAUCCUGAUACAAAAUGGAAACUUCUUCAUGCCUAAAUUGGAGCACGUCAACUGGGAAGAUCAAUAUGAAGUUUUUCCAUUCCCAACUGAAGGAGCAUGCAAAGAGGCUUGCUUGCUCGACAGUGACUGUGAAGUUGCAUUGUUUGGAGAUGAUGAUCAGUCGUGCAGUUUACAGAAACUCCCAUUGAGAUACGGAAGAAGACCAGUAAACACAUCUACUGCCACCACCUUAACUUUUGUUAGAGGCAGAAAUUGUGGCAGUUUCACCACUCCAGAUACUCUUCCACACUACUCUACUUGUUUUUAUGUACGACUAAUUCAUUUGUAA